GUGUAGUCUUUGCGUGUGAGAAAAGCUCCUCUCCCACUGGAUGAUAUGACCGAACUACACCAGACGACACUUUCCUUUCCCAGCUCCGACUCGGUCGCGUUGCGAACAGUUUGGUGAUAGUGUUUUUUUUUUUUUUUUUUUUUUAUCCUGUUCCGGCAGCGCCGCGGCUCCAGCACACGGCGGUUAAAGCUGCUGGCCUCUGGGGCUAGCUGGCUAGCAGAGCGGUGACAGAGAGGAGAGGAGCCAGCUGGUCGGACAGAGGAACAGUAAGGUUAGCAAACAAGCUAAUCAGCCGUAGAGACUGAGCCUGGAUUACUGUGUUUAAUCAAAGAAGGUCUGCGGCUUUUCCCUCACUGCGGAGCGACAUGAAGAUCACCGUGGAUUUCGAGGAAUGUUUGAAGGACUCCCCGCGGUUCAGAGCCACCAUAGAGGAAGUGGAGGGGGAUGUGUGCGAGUUGGAGUCCAAGCUUGACAAAUUGGUGAAGUUGUGCAUUGGGAUGAUCGAUGCUGGAAAAGCUUACAAUGCAGCCAAUAGGCAGUUCGUUAAUGGAAUCCGUGAGCUCGCACAACAAUCCACCAAAGACGAAGUCAUUGAGUCCAGUCUCACAAAGUUUGCCGAGAGCCUGCAGGAGAUGAUCAACUAUCACACGAUACUAUUUGAUCAGGCCCAAAGAUCAAUCAAGACCCAACUUCAAACAUUUGUCAAAGAUGAUCUGCGUAAGUUUAAAGAAGCCAAGAAACAGUUCGACAAAGUUAGCGAAGAAAAAGAGGCUGCUCUCAUCAAGAAUGCUCAGGCUCCCCGCAACAAACAGCAUGAGGUGGAGGAGGCCACCAACAUCCUCACUGCCACACGCAAGUGCUUCCGACACAUCGUCCUUGACUACGUCUUACAGAUAAAUGUGCUUCAGUCCAAGAGAAGAUCAGAAAUCCUGAAAUCAAUGCUGUCCUUCAUGUAUGCCCACCUGACUUUCUUCCAUCAAGGUUAUGACCUCUUCAGUGAAUUGCAGCCUCUGAUGAAACAGCUGGGAGGACAGUUGGACCAGCUGGUGGUUGAUGCUGCCAAAGAGAAGAGAGACAUGGAGCAGAAACACUCCACCAUUCAACAAAAGGCUGCUCUGCAGGAGGUGACUGAGUUCGAGUUUUUACCAGACUGCCGCAGCUUUUGCGCUUGGAGGUCAUCCUCCGAUUUUUCGAAUGACGACACCAAACUGGAGUACAAUGUGGAUGCAGACAAUGGUAUUGCUAUGGAGGGUUACCUGUUCAAGAGGGCCAGCAAUGCCUUCAAGACAUGGAAUAGGCGUUGGUUCUCCAUCCAAAACAAUCAACUAGUUUACCAGAAGAAAUUCAAGGACAACCCGACCGUGGUGGUGGAAGACCUGAGGCUAUGUACAGUCAAACACUGUGAGGACAUAGAGCGUCGCUUCUGUUUCGAAGUGGUUUCACCCACCAAGAGCUGCAUGAUGCAGGCCGACUCCGAGAAGCUGCGGCAAGCCUGGAUCAAAGCCGUGCAGAACAGCAUCGCGACAGCCUUCCGCGACAAGGGAGACGACAGCGAGAAGCUGGACAGGAAGUCGUCCACAUCGACAGGGAGUCUGGACUCUGGCGGGGAGCCAAAGGAGCGAUCCCUGAAAGGAGAGAGUGCCCUGCAGAAGGUCCUGGUCAUCCCAGGCAAUGCAUGCUGCUGCGACUGUGGCCAGCCAGAUCCCCGCUGGGCCAGCAUCAAUCUGGGCAUCACCCUCUGUAUUCAGUGCUCAGGUAUCCACAGGAGUUUGGGAGUGCAUUUCUCGAAGGUCCGGUCUUUGACUUUGGAUACAUGGGAGCCAGAACUACUGAAGUUGAUGUGCGAACUGGGAAACAAAGUGAUCAACCAGAUCUACGAAGCUCGGAGAGAGGAGCUGGGAGCCAGAAAACCAAAUCCAGGAGACCCGAGACAUGAGGUGGAGGCCUAUAUCAAAGCCAAGUACGUGGAUCGCAGAUUUGUCCGCCGGCCAUCGGACGAGGAGCUUCGUAACAAAGUGAUUUCUCUGAGCAAGCAGGAGAAGAGACUGAGCAGCAGCAUCGAGCACCUGCCUCCAAGACCACCUCCUCCAACCCCAAAACUGAGACCUGGCUCUAAUGUCUCAGGGCAGUCAGCUGCUGCUGGCGGCACGGAGGCCCGCCGUGACUCUCUCUUCUGUCCCGAUGAGCUUGACUCGCUCUUCUCCUACUUUGACACCUCCUCCAAGCUCAGGAGCAUAAAAAGUGCAGACAGCGGCAUUCAGAACAGCGCUGAUGGGAGCAGGGAGAUGCUGGCCAACACCCCCUCCAACAACAGCCUGGCAGACGCAGAAGCUGCAGAGUCCCCUCCCAUGGCCAUGCCCGCUACGCUCCCCCCACCAUCGCCCUGCAAGGAGAUGGUUUUUUAUGAGCCCAAAGAGUACAGCCAGGGUCUGCAGCUCUACUGGGCGUCGUGCGCCCGCAGCCUGCCCGACAUGGCUGAGGCGCUCGCUCACGGGGCGGAGGUCAACUGGGUCAACACAGAGGAAGAUAAGAGGACGCCGCUCAUCAUGGCGGUGCAGGGGGGCUCACUGGUCACCUGUGAGUUUCUGCUCCAAAAUGCAGCAAAUGUGAACCAGCAGGACGCCCAGGGCCGAGGACCCCUCCACCACGCCACCAUGCUGGGACACACAGGGCAAGUGUGCUUAUUUUUGAAACGAGGAGCAAAUCAAAAUGCUGCAGACAUUGAUGAGAAAACACCGCUGAGCAUCGCAGUGGAGGCUGCCAAUGCUGACAUUGUCACGCUGUUGCGACUGGCCAAGAUGAACGAGGAGAUGCGGGAGGCAGAGGGGCCUUACAGCCAGUCAGGAGAUGAAACCUACCAGGACAUUUUCCAGGACUUCACCCACAUGGCCUCCAAUGAUCCGGACAAGCUGAACCGCUACCAGCAGUACGACCUACAGCGACCCUGACACGUCACACAGAUGCCGUUUGCUGAGCAGUCAGACCAACUCGCGAUGAAACAAAAACAGCCAGAUUUCUGGAAAUGACGUCCCGUUUCCCCUCCAACAUCAAUCAGAAACAUCUGCUGGGAAGCUGCUGUUUUUAACGUGGCCUACUCAUCUAAAAAGCUUCACUCACAGCUUUAGCUGAAGUCUGCAAGCACUUGAGUCAAGUGGAGGGGGGGCUUUUGUGAAUGGAGACCUCGCUUUUUAUUUUUAAAAUUGUGCUUCCCGCCGUAGGAACUGUUGUAGUGAGUUAAUGGUACAGUGUUCAAGCUUGUGAGAAGAUUUGCAAAAUCAAAUGAUGAUUGAACUCGAUCUGAAUGUAGAGCUGCCAGCAGUGAUUUUGACCGAGUGACAUUUUUAGAUGUCCAACGUUUUUCGUCUUUUUUCUUUUCUUCCUAAAUUUGAUAUAAGAAAUGUGCUGCAACCGAGCCGGAAAGAGGCAAAUACAUGUUUAAAAUACUCCAUUUCAAUUUUGAGGUGCUGCCUCUUUUUUUUUUCUAUUAAGACUUUCUUUUGUUGCCUUUAAGUUUUGCUUUUCGAACCUGUCAGCUGAUUUAUAGACGGCAAAAUGCUUUCCUUGCGUUGCACAAACUCGUUUCGUCUUAAGUGUCCACUGAUGUUGACCAGCUCUGAUGGUGACUUUGACGUGUUGAACCAUGUACAGCCUUCGCAGACACAGACUUGUUAUUAGUGCAUCUGUAAUCUUAAAAAAACUAGUUGAUUUGAUUUGAUUUUUUUAAAUGCUUGUUUGUUUGUUUAUUUUUAAUUGUUUCUCGGAUUCUUUUAGCGUUUUCCUGUUCAUCCUGCAGCGUGUUUUAGCUGCAGUUGGCUCUUCAGCACUGUUUUUCGUAUUGCUAAUUCUCAAAAUGAAAUUAGUUCAUUUUUAAAGUCCUCAUAAACAUGAUUUCAUUGGUCCAUAUUUUUACAAAAAUGUAGUAAUCUCAUGUGGAUUUAAUAGCUUCAUCUAAACCUGAGAAAAGGUUUAAUUUAAUCUUGGUAUAGUUGGGUUUUUUUUUUUUUAGUCACGGUUGAUUGGUAAGACAAGUAGUUAGUAUUGUAACCUCAAAUUUAAGUUGACACUGCAGGAUUUUUACGUCAGUAGAGACAGAGCUGCUUCUUUUACUGGAAAUACAAAAGAUAGAAGCAGCUGUAAACGGUUUGCAGCACCAAAAAAGAAAAUCCAUUCAUCCAUCUUCUCCACCUGUUUCAUCCUAUUUCGGGUCGUAAAAGGUUUGAAAUCCUUUCCAGCUGACACUGGGAGAGAGGCGGGGUUCACCCGGCUCAGGUCACCAGGCCAGCGCAGCCCAGUUACCGUAAUAACCCGGCAGUUCAGAUGUGGUCUGCAUCAGUCAUAAUGUUCAUGCUGUCUGAUCUUGUUUCCUCACAGCCGCAGUGUAGCGCUCAGAAAAGAUGCCCAUUUAAAAGAUAUUAAUGUGAAGGGUUGGACACUGUGUCCCUUCAGCUGAGACUGCUGGAUUUUCUAUUCACGUUAGGCUCCAAUGCAGAGAUCAGAAAUGAUCCACUGGCUUGUUCUUGAAAAACAUCAAGAUCAGAAAAACAGCAUCUGGAUCAUAAAAAAAUGGAUUAAAGAAAAGAAAAUCUUUGAAAAUGUGUCAGAUAAAUACAAUAAACUUUGCUUCUGUGAAUUUUUUGUUGUGUGUGAACAGAGUUCACUUCGUGUCGGAGGUGUGUGUGUGUGUGUGUGUGUGCUCCAGCACACUGUGACAGUCUGUCGUCACCAAGUCUGAUAACGAGUCGGUCAUUACAGUUCAGUGUGUCGAAGCAGGGCGACAUCUGAAACUUUCACAGCUGAUUCUCCAGUGGAUUGGUGACGCCAAACACUGGUGUAGGGGUUCCAUCGUCCAUGUCUUUGUUUCCCCUAUCGCUAUCAAAAUACAUUCUUUUUUGAUUGAAGAUUCGCUAAUUUGUGCACAGCUUGUGUGCAGGAGCGAUCUUGUGACCUGUCCAAGCGGUGUAGUGACUUUCACUCAGUGUCAGCUGGAAUCACCUCUGACCUUCAUAAAGGCAGGAAUACAAGAUUAUUGGGAGCAUGUAACUGUAACCACAUGUAUCGUUCUUUUGAGUUUUCAUUUUACGAUAGAAAUUAAUUCCACAGAUUUAAAAUCAGAGGCUCCGUGCUGCAUUCACCAGCCUGUGAUUGUCUUUAUGCGAAACCGUGAAAUGUUCACUGCUCUUUGACCCUUUCUUUCAGUCAGAUGUGUUGUUAAUCGCAGGGGAAACAUUUGGCCAAUAAAACAUGGGAUACAACUCUUGUACAUUUUGUACAGAAGCUUUUGAAUUCUCCUGAGGACUGAAGUAUAAAGUGAGUGGUACUUGAAUCAUUAAAUAAGCUUUUGUAUAUGUUGUUCUUUGUAUCCUUAGAUCAUUUUAGCUCCUUUUAUAUUGCCUGUCUGUAUACCAGCAUACAUGUACAAUAUACCUGUUAUAUCUAAGAACUUCAAUACAUAUAGACUAAGCUGACUCUUGAAUGUGGUUUUUUUUCUUUUCCUUUUGCUUUGGUAACACAGAAUCCUCGUUGCAGCAACUGAUUUCAUAUCUUUAUCUACCAUCCCUCCUCUUCCUGGUUCGCUUUAAAGGUUAAAGCUUUUUUCAGCAGUAGACCAAGCGGAACACAUUAGAAAUGUCUUCAGAAACCCGAGUUAAGCAGAGCUACUAAUGUUCAAACAUCAGUGAAGCAAAGCUCCCAUUAUGAACUCUAAACUCACAUACUGCACAUACUUUUCCUCAUGUCGAUAAGUGAUUGUUGGCUGAUUCUCUACUUUUUGUAUCAUCGUCAUAAAAGACAUUUGACUGUAGUGAUCCAUGGAGGAAAACGGGAAGAGGCAUGCAAGAGGGCUUUUCCUUUUGCAAACAUAGUUGAGUGUUUGCAUGGAGCCUUACAGCUGUUGUACCUGUUGCACUCGUGAUUCAUUUCAUACUUGUAAUUUUUUGAAAUUGGUGUUUUAAAAAAAUAAACAUCUAUUUUGA